AUGGCGGCGGCGCUGGAUUACGUUCCGGCGCGUCAUGAGGCGUCUGACGUCAAAACAUUCGCUCCUGCUAAUCGUGUCAUGGAGGACAGCGAGCUAAUUCUGCAAAAAGCACAUGAUGAGUUUAACAGUAAAAAUUAUGCACGAGCAGAGGAAUUAUACACACAGUUCAUUGAAUCCUGCACCAAAACGAGAAAGUGCAAUGAUCUUAACUUGGCCAUCGCCUAUAAUAACCGAGGGCAGGUGAAGUAUUUCAGGGUGGAUUUCUACGAAGCUAUGGACGAUUACACCUCUGCCAUUCAAAGCAACAGCCGGUUUGAAGUACCAUUUUAUAACAGGGGACUAAUACGCUACAGAUUGGGCUUUUUCAAGGAGGCUGAAAAUGACUUUCGGAAAACUCUGGAGCUAAAUCCUGAUUUUAAAGAUGCUAAAGAAAGUUUACGACAAACACUCUUGGACAAUGAAGAAAAGUUAAAAAGAGGCUACUGAUGCAAGCAUGGCUCUCUCAUGUACUAAAUAUUUUUUUAAUUAGUUUACUGUUUAUCUGUAAAUACUUAAUUAUUUUUCCAUUGGCAGUCCAAUUGUAUAUAAUUGUGCAUUUUACUUUUAUUUUAAUAUUAAGAUUAAAAUAGUAAUCCUGAUUUAAUGCAGAACUUUAAAUGCAAUCUUAUUUUAUGGAGAAAGCCUUGCUAAUUGUCUUUACAUAUUGUGAGCGAAAAUUACCAAACCUGUUGGCCAAUGCUUAAGAUAUAUGAAUGUAAAAAAAAAAGGUUUCGAAAUAUUAUAUUAUGUUCCGGGUCAAUUUGACCCGUUUUGUUUUUAAACUGUCGAAAAAACAAGUUAACCUUUUGAUUUUAUUCUAGAAAUUGUGACUUUUUCUUAUUUAGGGCCAUGAACAUGAUGCAAAGUGAGGAUACACUGAUGUGUUUGGAAGUGUGUGUUUUUUAACACAAAUAAUGUUUUUUACGAUUGAUGUUCGUGUGUCAAUUUGAUCAAUAUUUUUUGUUCCAAGGAAACUGUAUAGACACAAAUUAAAUAUAUUUAUUACA